AUCGCCGGUCCGCUGUGUCCCUCAGACACAGCGGAUCACGGAAAGAGCCGAAGAUGUCGGCUCGGUCGUGUGAUCAGCUGUGUCCAUUCACAGCUGAUCACAUGGGACAUGUACACUGAUCAUCAGGGCACUGAUGAACAGUGUGCCCUGAUGAUCAGUGUGGCUCCAGAAGUGCCACCUGUCAGUGCUCAUCAGUGCCAGUGCCCAUCAGUGCCACAUCAAUGCCACAUAUCAGUGCAUACCAGUGCACAUCAAUGCCACAUAUCAGUGCCCAUCUAAGCUGCCUUUCAAUGUCACCCAUCAGUGCAAGUCAGUGCCACAUAUCAAUACCAAUCAGUGCCACCUAUCAAUGCUGCCAAUCAGUGCCACCUAACAGUGCCAGUCAGUG